AUGCCCCACACCAGGCUGCUGCUCCUCCUCCUCCCCCUCCUCUGUGCCACCGAGUCCGGCCAGGCUCUCCACCUCUACAACGCUGCCUCCAUCUUCAGUUGCCUCAAUGCGGCCCUCGCGGAAGCCCAGAAGAGCCACUUGGAAGAAAACACCAUCCUGGACAAGCGUGGCUUCGACUCCCCAUCACCGGAGGAGGCACCUGAAGAAGAGGAUGUGGUGGAUGAAGAGAUGGGGAAAAGGACAUUCCCGGGGGAAGGCCAUUACAAAUAUGUCUCCCAGGCACAGGUGAAAGGGAAGACGUACCAAAACCGGGCCAAGAGCGACCGCCGCACCAAGGCCACCCCCCUCGACGUCCCCACCAACAUCAUGAACAUCCUCUUCAACAUCGCCAAAGCCAAGAACUUGCGGGCAAAGGCUGCCGCCAACGCGCACCUCAUGGCCCAAAUCGGGCGGCGGAAGUGA